AGGCUUCAGCGGAAACAGUUUAAUGUUUAAUGUUUACAUCGGUUUAACUGAUUUAACUGGUUUAACUGCGUCUCUAGGCUGGAUCUGUACUUUUAUUUAGAAUGUAAAGUAAAAGAAGAAGAAGUGAAAUGUGGAGUUUAAUAGAAGAUCUGUGAAGAAAAGACAGGUGUACCUGUCCAGGCGUCGUCAUGACGACCGACGACCCCCAGAGGAACUUCCGCUCAGCGUAUUAUGAGAAGGUUGGAUUCCGGGGAGUGGAGGAGAAGAAGAGUCUGGAGAUCCUGCUGAAGGACAACCCGCUGGAUGUGGAGAAACUGAGCACCUUCAGCCAGAGGUUUCCUCUUCCCUCCAUGUACAGGAUUCAUGUGUGGAAAGUUCUGCUGGGCGUGCUGCCCCCCCACAGCGACUCCCACCCCCAGGUGGGGGGCUACAGGAGGCAGCAGUACCAGGACCUGGUGGAGGCCCUGGAGGUGAUGAGGUACAUCGUCCCGGCCUCGCCGCCCACCCUCGUCUACCUGCGCAUGUUCCAGCUGGAGAGCCAGGUGCUGCCGCGCUGCUCCGAGACCCCCCCCCCGAACCAGGACAACCAGGACUUCCUGUCCAUCAGCAGAGCCAUGGAGGAAAUCGUGGAUGACCCCGUCGACUGUUACUGGCUGGUGAAGACCUUCAUCAACCAGUUCCACCACAAGUUCGGGGACUCCAUCCCUCACCUGCCCAAGUCCCUGGAGCACUACCUGAUCCAGGAGGAUUCCCGUCUCCACCUCCACCUGAGGACGAGUGGAGCGUUAGCGGAGCUGCCGUACAGUCUCUGGUUCCAGCGCUGCUUCGCUGGAGGUCUGCCGGAGAGUAGUCUGCAGAGGGUCUGGGACAAGGUGAUCAGCGGUUCCUGCAAGAUCCUGGUCUUCGUGGCUCUGGAGAUUCUGCUGAGCUACAAGAUGGUUCUGCUGGGGAUCAGCCGGGCCGAGGGCGCCGUCAACUUCCUGUCCAACAUCCCUCAGGAAAACACCGACGCCAUCGUCACCAAAGCCAUCGACCUGUGGCACAAAUACUGUGGAAACCCAACCCACGCUGUGUAGAACCAGAACCACGACGGAGGAGGAGAGACAUUCAGGGCCCAGCAGGACCCGGAUCCUGACCCUGAACCCGGAUCUCGGUCCUGGUCCCGGUUCUGGACCCGGAUCUCGGUUCUGGACCUGGGACCCGGACCCGGAUCCUGACCCUGGACUUAGACCCGGUCCCGGUUCUGACUGACGGACACGCCUCAGAGCAGCGAGACUGUAGUCGCCGCGGCAACGGCUUCCAAACUGAUUAAAAACUCAAGGCAAAACACAAAGUUAUGGUGUUUAAUAAUGUUUUCUUUAAGAAACUGUAACGUCAGAAUAAACACAAUAAAUACAUAAAUAAAACACA